GGUGAGACUAGCGCUGGAAAAAGCAGUGUCAUUAAUCUCAUCUUGGGAGAAGACCUUCUUCCCUCUAAAACAUUGAGUACCACGUCCACAAUUUGCGAGCUGAAAUAUGGAGAAAAGCCGAUGGUUGGUGUACACUACAAGCCUACUGGAACAAAAAUUCCUGAACCAGCAUUCCACGAGUUGAAUAAUGGAAGGAAAACCUUCAAAGAACAAAUAGAAAAGUUUGUGUAUGCCAAAGAAGAUCGAGAGAAAGCACCUUACGAGAAAAUUGAACUGUUUUUUCCGCACCCUUUGUUUAAGGUACUAACGAAGUUGAUAGACUAAGCAAAAAAGUUCUGACAAAACUUCGGUAUUAAAAAAUUCAGGACCAAAAAGUAAACCUCUGCAGGUAGCUGUAUGGAAUUAACUAUAAAGUUAGAUUAUGGAGAUUGAAAAUGCUUAUUUCUGCAAAAAAAUUAGCGGUGUGUGAGGUGAAAGUAAUUCCAGUGAAACGGACUAAUGAAUGCUUGUUCCAAAUUCCAUGGCUUUUUCGGUUACUAUGCAUUAAAUAAAGGUGCGAGAAUCUUAGUAAGGUAGUGGCUUACCAUGACGAAAUUUUGAAAAAAAAAAACUUUUGAGAAAUGCUGGUCAUGGUAAAUAAUAUUUCAAUAAACUCAUCUACAAUAAUAACCCACAUAAAUAUUAUAGGGCAGCGAAUCUUAUUACAGAUUAAUGUUUCAAUUUCAGGAAAAUGUAAUGAUCGUUGACAGCCCUGGUGUAGGAGAAAGCGAUGUCAUGAGUAGUUUUGUUCUCAACUACCUGCCGCGGGCCUUUUGUUUCAUGUACGUUCUCUGUACGUCCAAUGCUGGAGGAAUUCAGCCCGACAGGGUAAGGACAACAAACACUGGGUAUUAAAAACCUAAUCAAAACUAUAACAAAAUACUCGAACGUGACUGGUUAUCACCAGCCCGAUUUGAGCACUAAAUUUAAGAAAGUGUCCGCCUCACGCUUGUAAUUGGACAGUGUAAUAGGACAGUUAAAUGCACAGUUAACCAGUUGCCAGUAUAACUGGACAGAAGGGGGCGCCAGUUUAACUUUUGUUUUUUUAUGAAAACAGAUAACCGACGUCUAGUUUCUUUCUCGAAUUUUGUCAUGGUUUUGAUUAAUUACAGAAAGGUCUUAGUGUCCUUCAAUUCUGUCUGUAAUCAUACUCGUGAUUAAAAAUAGCACUCCCGCUUCGCGGUCGUCAGAUUUUUUAAUAACUCAUAUGACUACAGACCGAAAUUGGACUCCACUGGGUCCAUUACCAUUCAUAAUAAGUUUAGAAGAGGUCCAUUAAAAGUGGGCCUCACAUCCACAGGAGAAUGAUACCUAAGAAUGAUGACAAAGUACUGUUUCAUUAUUGCUUUCUGUAAUUCCUUAAAAAUAGAAGUUGUCCUAAAUCUCAGUUUCAGCUUUGAGCACUGUUUAAAAAUGUCAGAGAGAUAAUAGAAAUGGUCUUCACCAUGCUCAUUAGUAUGGUGAGAUGCUUCUUUCCCACUUGAUUAUACUUAUGUAGACCCAACGCUGGACCAACGCAUUAGAGAGGUUCUAUAUUUUAUCAACUCUUUAAUAUCAUAAAUAGUCAACAUCAAUUUAAACUGAUUAGUCUUUUUUUUUUAGAGGAAUAUAACAUCCUUAUCAGUCAUAUUUUCAAGUAUGUGUCGCCAGACACUGUACGGCUCUUCGGUUCGCUUACUUUAUAAAGCAUCAAAACUGGCAACACAAAUUGCUGAUUGGUUUUCAGCCGGUGCAUUGCAUUUACAAAUUCUCCAAAAAAAUUAUGAAAUAUUACUUGGGAGGAAGGGGAUGGGUCAGCAUACAUUUUGUUUAUUAAGUCGUACUUGACAUUCCACACUGCAUACAGGAAGCUGUUCGUAAAAGUUUUUUCCACGCACGUUGGAUAAUAAACACAAUAGUCUCUAUUAUGUGCUAAAACAUGCACUUAUGUUUGUCCUUGGACAUUGUCUGUUCCUCGUAGUUCACAAUUUUCCUCGAGCUUCGCUCUCGGAAAACUGUUCGCAUUUUGGAACACAUAAUGUCCAUGGACAAUUAUCCGUGGAUAUUUUUGCGCCAAAUAGAGGCUAUUGUUUAUAUAACGUAAUGAAAGGUAUUUUCCGAAGAAUCGCAUAGCCAAAGUUAAACUCGCGGUCUGUUGGCUAUCGAAGAGAAGAUAUUUAGCGUGGAAUUGCACUUGUGCAUGAAGGAAUAUUGCUGACGUGGGUCGCGAGCAAAAAUUGUUGCUAUCUUGAAAACAAAAAUGCAACUCGUGCUACGAAAAAUAUCACGUUGUAAAAGAACAAAUUUACAGAAAAUGAAUGUCUGCCAAAUUUUGAAUUAAAAUUAAAAUUUUUAGAAAAUUUGAGGAAACCUCUCACACUCAAAAUUACUAGAAAAAGCAUUGAAGAAAAAAGAAAAAAUGGCAGAGACGAGGGAAGAAAGCCAAACGACAGUUCUUGCCGAGGAAAACCAAACAAGCAUCGUUAAAGGAAACCAAACAGGUUGGUCACCUUUUGAAGAGCCAAAAACGAACAAACGCGUUCUUCAAAGUGAGCCAGAGUUCUUCCCCAUCUUGAAAUGAACUAAAAAUUCUUGGAGAGGUAUAAAAAAUCCUCUUUCGCUCGCCACAACGAGAAAGUAAGAAAAUCCUGUGAACACGGCCUAGAAAAUGGCAAGCAAUAGUUCAACCGAGCGAGACGAAGAAGCGACAACGGAAGAAGUGCCAAGGUCGAUUGUCAUAUAUAAAGUAGAAGGACUAAAUACCUUUAAUAGCGAUGUUAAAUUUUCAAUGCUUUCGCUUAGACACGUCAUUUCUUUCAGUUUUGUCAGCAAAGAUGUAAAAGGUUUAAAUCAUUUUCCUUCUCGAGCAAAUGAUUUGGAAAUUUGCAAAAAGAUGUUAGAGAUAAACAGCAUGUAAAUUCAGUGAAAUACCACUAUUAUUCUUAAGAUCGCGUGAAGCUUGUUUGAAAUUUUUGAAAACAAAUGUAAAAACAAGCACAAGGUACAAAUAAAGUUAUCGAACUUCGAUAACUUUAUAAUAACUUGAUAAUAAGAUUCAAACGUGUACGACUGACCUUGUUCCUAUUCGCUAACGCGUUGACAGUUCUGACAGUUGACUUUGAAAUGGCUUUUUGGGGCGUGAGCUCAGGACAAAAAAAAAACAAUACAUUACUGUUUCCUUUUUUUCUUAUUUUUAUUCAAUUACGAGGGAUUCGUGCGAUAUCGGUUUUUAGCGUGAAAUUUAACAUGGAAUUCACUCGUCAGGCAGUGAAUUUUUCUAUAAUAUCCCAUUAGUAAUUGGCUCUAUAUUUGCGAGCGCAGGAUAGUUGAAACAUUUCGUCUCAGACCAUAUUUGCCACGCAUAGGUGUAAGAACUAAUUAACUAAGAGUUGAAUAUGAAGUUUGUAAUGCUGUGUCAAUAUUCCUAGGUCUUAUCUGGUUUUUCUUUUGUCUUUUAAGUUGGGAAAGCUACUCAUGUGUGCUCAAAAUCUGAGGAAAAACGCCAACUUGGAUUUGUCACUUUCAGAUGCCUGUACGUUGUUUGUCUGCAACAAAUGGGAUUUGGUUGAGAACAAUGAAUGCGAAGAGGUGAAAAGGGAUACGGUCGAAAAGCUUACAAGAAUACUUGGUAACCUGGAUCCGAAAUCGCAGAUUGUCUAUUUGUCGUGCAAAACCGCGCAGUUAGCUCAGACCUAUGGGGUAGUGACAGAGGAUUUCAGUAACCUAAUAACAGGGAUUAGUAAUCUCUUAGUUUCGUCCAUGAAGAAUAAUCUGCAGAUGAAUGCUAGGUAGGUAGACUUCUGAAUAAUUCUAAGUUGAGGCCUUGAAUAUUUAUAUUGUAUCAAAUACCCAACAAAGACAAAGCCUCGAGAUGGAAGUUAAAGCUCGAUUAUAAAGUAGAAUUAGAAUAAAUAUGUCAUUAAGGAGACAUCAAUUAACUUUGUUCGUUUGUCGGACGAUAGAGUCACUUAUGAUGGAGAUGGCGACGUUUCGACUGCAAUACUGCUUGUCUUGCGAGAACAUGACAGAGACAUGCGGUUUACUCGUGCUCAGACCUCUUGCGGUUUCGGAGCGGGCUAACGAAACGGGGUAUAUUCCUAUUUGGAGUUAGGUUAAGUUUAUUGAUCGUGACCCCACUGGUACACACGUAGGGUCAAAGAGGCUAUCCGUAUAAUACUUCAUCCCAACAACAUCAAUAGGGAUAUCGGAAUCGACAUUCCCGAAGUUUGGAUACCCACGAUCAAACAACACAACAGCCGAUUUAUGAGAACCUAUGAGGGAACACCAUUUAACAACCGGAAUAAUAAUGAGGAUCGAAAUGCACUAAUAGCAGCGUAACAACGUGCUACAAAUAGCGUCACGUAAGCAAUCGACCUCAUCGCCUGAUGAAGAUUAGUAGUAUUGCAGUCGAAACGUCGCGAUCUACGUCGUAAGUGACUCUAUCGUAAGAUAAACGAACAAAGUCCAUGUCAUAUGCAUUGGUAUGGUUAUUUUAAUUGUCUAGCAGUUGUAAUUAUGACAUCAAACAAUUUUUUAUAUGCUUAUUCAUCAGAUGGCUAGAGGAUCUCCUCGAUCGCAUGUCUCGUCAAGUCCGCAUAAAACUGAAGUCAGCAAAAAUGUCUCAUCAGAAAACAGAGGAAAAAAUCAAGAGAUUGUUAAGCCGCAUGGAAGAGCUGCAGAAUUCUCAGAAACGUAUAUUUGAUGAACUUAGCAAGCAUCAGUCGAAAAUAUUUGAAGACAUCCUCAAGAAACUAGCUUUGCACUUUAAUUCGGAGGGAACUUUUUCGCGUUUUUGCAACUGGUCUAAAGAUGAAGUACCCAAACCCCUUGGAACAUGGCAGGAUACAAAGAAUGAGGUGUUAAAGUACAUCUCAGAGAGAACACAUCAAUUUGUCCAGCGAUGGGAAAACGAAGAGAACGAAUUCGACAGAGCUCGAGUGUCAUUGAUCCAACAUUGUUGCAAAAAGUAUGAUAUAAUGGAGGAAGAAAUGCGCGAAGUAGCGGAAGAUUUUUUUUUCGUCGACGAGGCGGAGGGUGACCUUCCACAGGACGAGGGUGAAGAAAAUUUGAAACGAUCUAAAGUACGAGGAAGAUUGAAAACGAUUACUGCUCCGCCAUGGCUUCGGCAAGGAUUGGCACCAGUGGUGGUAGGGUCUCCACUUAGCAUGCUCAGAACCAAACUUAAAAAGAAGCUCCAUCACAAAACCAAACUGGAAAGGUUCCGCGAUGAUCCAUGUGCCUACAUGUCGAAGCGAUCACGAAAAUGUCUCAAAGUUAUUUCUACUCAAGACCGCUUGCUUCCGUUCAUCAACGAACAACUGGAAGACGCCGUACUGUACCUGGGACAGAUCAAGAAGAAGAUUCCAAAGCUGAGGGAAGGUGACGAGCUGAUCUAUCAACAGCUACUUGAAGACAAGAGAGGCAAUACUGAGAUUCGGAGGAUCUACGAGCCUUUAAACGACGAGCUGGAAUCUCUGAGACGGGGUUUAACUGUAUACUCUCUGCGAGAGAUCAGGCAGUCGGAUUUUGCAAGAGAAGAGUUAGAAUGCGAUUUCGGAAAUCCUGUCAUUGGACGAGGCAGCUUCUCGAUAGUGUUCAAAGGCGUUCUUCGUCGCAAAGAAUCGCCAGAGAUUAUCGUGGCCAUCAAGAAGUACAUUGACCCGCUUACCAGUAAAAACGUGUGGCAUUUCGUAGACGAGGAAUGUGCUUUAAGGUACGUGUAUCAAAAGACCAUUUUCUCUCAUGCAGUUGUGUUCAUUUCACAGUACAACUGUCGUGCGUGGUGUCCUAUACCAAAUUUUGCAUGGUGUCUAGAGCUGAAAAUGCUAUAGCUUGCUACACAUGCGAUUGAAAAACGAUUGUGUCCCUGCUGCCUAUAAGUUUAAUAGCAAUGAGCCUCUUAUCUUUGUCUUAGAAAACUGCGCCAUCCAAACAUUGUGGGUUUCUAUGGAACCAAUUUGCACCACAGCCCCAAAGGUACUGAAGUGAUGAUCGUCCUCGAGCUUUGCAGUUGCUCUCUCAGAGAUCGCGUACUUGCCCAUCCCGAGGAUUCACCCGCUCGAUCGUCGAACGACUCAGUCAAGAAAAAGGUCUUAUCCUGGGUACAACAUAUCCUAGAGGCCUUGCAUUACAUCCACUCAGAAGGAUUUGUUCACCGAGAUUUAAAGCUGGAAAAUCUGCUGGUAAAUGUGUACUGAGUGAACUUUGAUUUCCCAGUUAAGGUGUCAGUUAACUGUUUUUACCGACAUGUAUAGGGCUAUUUCCUUUCCUCAGUAAAACAUAGCCUUUUUGCCCCCCCCCCCGACCAUUUUUUCGAAAAUAUUGUAGUCGUGCUCUUUACUAGUUCAAGAGUGGAUUUUUUUUUGGGGGGGGAGGAGAGGCAAUUUUGGUUUCUAGUGGCUGGAAAUGAUGUCUUGGUGAUGAAAAUUGCGUGCUUUUCAUUAAGGAAAUCAGCCACCCGUUUUCCUACAAUUUUGCGUGAGAUCUCAUGCAGAAGAUUGCAUGCCAUGUAAACAAAAUUCAUUGGUCGACCUUUGUCGCGGCACCUGGUGUUCAUUACCAUGAAACAUGAUCUUGCAGUCAACGAAAAAAGCACCAACGUGACAUUAAGUCAUUUAUUGUUUCCCUGGUUCAUUACGAUUCUUUGUGACUGAGUUUCAUAUUUCAUUAUAGCUGACACAAGGCGAGCAAGUGAAACUUGCAGAUGUAGGAGUCGCUAAACAUGAAAAAGAAAUAACAGGUACAACAGUCGGCACCUAUCUGUACCUGGCCCCUGAAGUGUGUGAGGGUCGAAUUUACAACAGCAAAGCUGACAUGUAUAGUUUUGGCUUCCUACUUUGGGAAAUAUGGUAUGGUGAGACAGCUUUUCAAACGGCGAUGACAACCUGCGGAUUGCACCAGCUCGAAAAGGUGAGACAGGGCUGUCGACCUACUCACAUCAAAGGCACAAAUCAUCCAUAUGAAAUAUGGCAACAUGUCAUGACUACUUGCUGGAAUGAAAAUCCACGUGCCAGGCUGACAGCAAGAAAAGCACUGGAACGUUUCAAAGAGUUAAACGAGGCUAAGAUUCAACCCAAACUGAAACCAGUACCGCUACCGAGGACACGCCUAUGUGUCACGCCUACGCCAGCUAGAAGACCAAAUAAGAAAGGUGGAGCGUCUGUUUCUUACCGAAAAAAAGCAGAGGCGGAGAGCGUUCACUUUGAAUUAAAAGAAAAGAAGUAA